GUUUGCAUGGGCACCACGAGAAACAGACGAAAUGGCACUUUGGAAGGUUCAAAAGUUCUUUACUCCAGUAUAUCUCGCAGCACAGAUGUGUCCUACAAUGACAGUGAUUUGGUCACCUUCAUCCAAGAACAUUUUAAGAAGAGAGAAUGUGUCUUCUUCACAAGAGAUGCCAAGUCAAUGGACAACUUGUGUAAGUGUGGGUAUUCCAAAAGCCAACAUAUAGAGGGGACGCAGGUAAAUAACACUGAGAAAUGGAGUUAUAGGAAACACACAAAGGAACUUCCCACUGAUGCUUUUGGUGACAUUCAGUUUGAAAAUCUUGGGAAAAGAGGGAAGUACAUCCGGUUAUCCUACGACACAGACUCUGAAAUGCUCUAUGAUCUGAUGACUCAACACUGGCAUCUGAAAAAUCCCAACCUUGUCAUCUCAGUCACAGGGGGAGCAAAAAACUUUGCCCUAAAGCCACGGAUGCGCAAGAUAUUCAGCAGGCUGAUCUACAUUGCCCAGUCCAAAGGGGCCUGGAUUUUCACAGGAGGCACUCACUAUGGACUGAUGAAAUACAUUGGAGAGGUGGUGAGAGACAACACCAUCAGUAGGAGCUCAGAGGAGAAUGUGGUGGCUAUCGGCAUAGCAGCCUGGGGCAUGAUUUCCAACCGGGAUAGUUUGAUCAGAAGUAGUGAUACUGAGGGGUACUAUUCAGCCCACUACAUAAUGGAUGACCUUAAGAGAGACCCAUUGUAUUGCCUGGACAAUAACCACACUCACCUAUUGCUGGUCGAUAAUGGCACCCAUGGACAUCCAGCAAUAGAGGCUAAGCUGCGGACACAGUUAGAAAAAUACAUUUCGGAACGUGUUAUCCCAGAUUCUAAUUAUGGUGGGAAGAUUCCAAUUGUGUGUUUCACCCAAGGAGGAGGGAAAGAAACUUUGAAGGCUAUCAAUGUUGCCAUCAAGAGUAAAAUUCCCUGCAUAGCAGUGGAGGGCUCAGGCCAGAUUGCUGAUGUAAUAGCGAGCUUAGUGGAGGCAGAAGGCACUUUAGCUUCUUCAUCUGUCAAGGAGAGGCUGCUCCGAUACCUGCCUCACACUGUUUCGAGACUCACGGAAGAAGAGACUGAAAGCUGGAUCAGAUGGAUCAAAGAAAUCCUGGAAAACCCUCAUCUGCUAACUGUUAUUAAAAUAGAAGAAGCUGGAGAUGAAAUCGUGAGCAAUGCCAUUUCGUUUGCUCUGUAUAAAGCUUUCAGUACCAAUGAACAGGACAAAGAUAACUGGAAUGGGCAGCUGAAGCUGCUGCUGGAGUGGAACCAAUUGGACCUGGCCAGCGAUGAGAUCUUCACCAAUGACCGACGCUGGGAGUCUGCAGACCUUCAGGAUGUCAUGUUUAUAGCUCUUAUCAAGGACCGGCCCAAAUUUGUUCGCCUCUUUCUGGAGAAUGGCUUAAACCUGAAGAAGUUUCUCAGCAAGGAGGUCCUUACCGAGCUCUUUUCCAACAACUUUAGCAGCCUGGUGUUUAAGAACCUGCAGAUUGCUAAGAACUCCUACAAUGAUGCACUCCUCACAUUUGUGUGGAAGAUGGUUGAGGACUUCCGAAGAGGCAUCAAAAAAGAGGAUAAGAAUGGCAAGGAUGAGACAGAAAUACGGCUGUUGGAUGAAUCUUCUAUUACAAGGCAUCCCUUGCAAGCUCUCUUUAUCUGGUCGGUUCUUCAGAACAAGAAGGAGUUAUCCAAAGUCAUUUGGGAACAGACCAGAGGCUGCACUUUGGCAGCACUUGGGGCCAGUAAACUACUAAAAAGCCUGGCAAAAGUGAAAAAUGACAUUAAUGCUGCUGGGGAGUCUGAGGAGCUGGCAAAUGAAUACGAGACGAGAGCAGUAGAGCUGUUCUCUGAGUGCUAUAGCAGUGACGAAGAGCUGGCUGAACAGCUGCUGACCUAUUCCUGUGAAGCCUGGGGUGGGAGCAAUUGUCUGGAACUUGCUGUGGAAGCUAAAGAUCAGCAGUUCAUUGCACAGCCGGGAGUGCAGAAUUUCCUUUCCAAACAGUGGUAUGGAGAGAUCUCGAGGGACACUAAGAACUGGAAGAUUAUAUUGUGUCUGUUCCUUUUUCCUUUAAUUGGCUGUGGUUUCAUCUCCUUCAGGAAAAAGCCUGUGGAGAGGAGCAAGAAGCUCUUGUAUUAUGCCUCAUUCUUCACCUCCCCAUUUGUGGUCUUCUCCUGGAAUGUCAUCUUCUACAUUGUUUUCCUGCUGCUGUUCGCCUACGUGCUGCUCAUGGAUUUCCAGAAAGAACCCACCAUGCUGGAGCUCAUCCUCUAUGUUCUGGUCUUCAUCCUGCUUUGUGAUGAAGUGAGACAAUGGUACAUGAAUGGGAAUAAAUAUUUCUCAGAUCUGUGGAACAUCAUGGAUACGCUUGGAAUCUUUUACUUCAUAACAGGGAUUAUAUUCAGGCUCCGCUCCUCCAAUGAAAGCUCCUGGUACUCUGGGCGAGUCAUUUUUUGCCUGGACUACAUCAUUUUUACUCUAAGGCUGAUCCACAUUUUCACAGUUAGCAGGAAUCUAGGACCAAAAAUUAUUAUGCUUCAGAGGAUGAUGAUUGAUGUCUUCUUCUUCUUGUUCCUCUUCGGUGUGUGGAUGGUGGCCUUUGGUGUGGCCAGGCAGGGCAUCCUGAGGAAGAAUGAGUACCGCUGGGAAUGGAUCUUCCGAUCGGUUAUCUAUGAGCCUUACCUGGCCAUGUUUGGCCAGUACCCUGAUGACAUUGAUGGUACCACAUACAAUUUUGAUCGCUGCACCUUCUCUGGGAAUGAGUCUAAACCUUUGUGUGUAGAACUGGAUGCUAACAACCAUCCCCGCUUCCCGGAGUGGAUCACCAUUCCCCUGGUGUGCAUCUACAUGCUCUCCACCAAUAUCCUCCUGGUUAACCUGCUGGUUGCCAUGUUCGGUUACACGGUUGGAUCAGUACAAGAAAACAAUGACCAGGUGUGGAAGUUCCAGCGCUAUUUCUUGGUUCAGGAGUAUGGCAGCCGUUUGACUAUUCCAUUUCCUUUCGUCAUCUUUGCCUACAUCUACAUGGUGAUGAAGAAAUGCUUUAAAUGCUGCUGUAAAAAAGAAUGCAAAGAGCCAUCCAUCUGUUGUUCAAAAUAUGAAGACAAUGAAACGCUCGCAUGGGAAGCUGUCAUGAAAGAAAAUUACCUUGUCAAAAUCAAUUCCAAAACAAACGACUCAUCAGAGGAGAUGGCACAUCGAUUUAGACAACUGGAUAUGAAGCUUAAUGAUCUGAAAGGCCUUCUGAAAGAGAUUGCUAACAAAAUAAAAUAAAAGCAGCUUGAAAGCAGAGGAGGCAAACCUCAGCAAUGUACUUACUUGUUCACACUAAUUUCUAGGAGAUGUCUCAAAGUGAAAUGUAUCCUGCGACAAAUUGUAGCACCUGGGAAGGAGUGAGGAGGAUGCAUGGUGCUUUUAAAAUGACAUUUCUGCUCUUCACGUCUCAGAGCUGUGGGCUCUGGUCUCUUUUAUUUCCAUGGUCAUCUUACAUGAUGAAGAUAAAAAAUUAUCCUCCUAGUUGAGCUCCAAAUUCUAAAAGUUGAUCUGUUGCUUUUCUUCUCAGUCCUUAGUUAUUGUCUGUAAGCAGGUAGCUCUCAUCAGCUGCUCAGAGAUCACUUUCCUAACUCUAAGAAUUCUGCUGCCAAACCACUCUGGUGUGAGGCUCGUGAACGGAUCUUCACCCAGGCAUCAACUAGACACUCAAGUGCACCUCCUCAGAGGUGUUUAGGCUCCUAGCUCAAAGAAAGUUAGGAGCCUAAAUACUUUUGAGCAUUUGGAUCUCAUUGUUUCUUUUAAUGACCCCCAAUGAUCUCCUCCCCUGCCUCCCUUACUACUCACAUAGUGUAUUUCCAAACCGUGACUAAAUUUUUACACACUGGUGUAUGAAGAUAAAAGGCCUCCUGUCUUCCCUAAUAGGAAAUAUUGCACUCAGCAUCCAAAACUAACUUGCCACCUGGAUUCCUGGUGAACAAUAAAGACUUCUUCAGAUUAGGCUGAGAUACUAUUUUGUAGCCCAGACUGUGAGUGCCCACACCACAGUGCUGAAGUCAUGCAGUUCAUAAAUAAGUCUAAUAGGAUCACUACUUGCUGCCUCAGUGAUGUUUUGCAAGGCCCUGAUAUUGCAUUUGGUUUCACUUGUUCAAGUUUCUGUAUGGCCUGUUCGUGUUCUGAUUCAUUAACAAUCAAGAGGUGGUAUGUGAUUCACUGCUCAUUUGAUGCAACAGCAGGGCUAGCUCCUGGUAUCACAGUAGUUUAGAAAGCAAGUGUCUCCAACUGAGUGUUCUUUCCUGGAGGGGAAAGGGGCUUCUAAAUGCAAUGCUGCCUGUAGCAAAAUCAGCUGGAUGUCAGCUUGGCUCAACCAGAAUGGCUCUGCCUUUGCGUUACAUGCUGAAAGUCUUCUGGAGAGCCAAGUCCUAACAAGCUAUUAAUUCAAAUGACUGCUGUGUUGUCUCUGCAUAAGAAAACAACUGAAUAUAUUUUCCAUGGGAAGCAUUAUUAAUUGCCUGUUACAGUAAAACUCUUUCAGCAUCUUGCUGUUCACAUUUUUGCUAUUUGAUCUGCUAUCCGAACUUACCAAAUGCACUGAAACAGGUCAAGUUCAGUGUUGAUUACAACAUGAAUACCAAAGGUGAUAUCUGUUCAGCAGUGCAACAUAAGAUUUCAGUAGUCAGACAUUGGAAAGGCUUGUCAGGAUGUACUCAGACUCCCACUGACUUCAAUGGAAGUUGGAUUGGGUCCUAAAUGACUUAGAUAAAUCUACUUUAUAUAAAUGGAUUUUCAUUUGUCACUUGUGUCUGCCUUUACUGUGGAUAAUGUGUCUUCCUUCCAUUUUUAUUGUCUGCCAUGCCAUACUCUAUGGUACCUGUAACAGUGUUGUUCCCCUGCGUAUUGUGCUGGAUGUAGCUAUGAGUAGUGUAACAAAGAAUCAAAUGUAC